GGAUGAAUUGUAGAAAUAUUCAAACCAAACAAUCUCUAAGAGAGUGAUAGUAAGCAAAAAGCAUAUAACUUAACAAAGAAAGAUAUUGAACCAUGGGGUGCAAGUACAUGAUUUUCUUGGUGCUAGUAGCAACUUUGAUCACAAAGGAAGCAUUGGCAACACAACAUGUUGUUGGUGGAAGCCAAGGUUGGGAUCCAUCUUCAGAUUUUGAUACAUGGAGUUCAGGCCAAACAUUUAAAGUUGGAGAUCAACUUGUUUUCAAAUACUCUUCUAUGCAUAGUGUGGUUGAACUAGGCAAUGAAAAUUCCUACAAAAAAUGUGACAUUACCACUGCACUAAACUCCUUAAGUAGUGGAAAAGAUGUUGUCAAAUUGGACAAACCAGGUACAAGGUACUUCACAUGUGGUACCUUAGGUCAUUGUGGCCAAGGCAUGAAAGUCAAAAUCAAUAUAGUGAAAGGGAGUGAAUCUUCCUCCUCUGCAUCAUCACCGUCAUCAUCAUCGUCUUCCUCGUCGUCGUCGUCAUCAUCAUCUCCUACUUCAACUGAUGCAUCUUCAGCCUCACAAUACUUUGUCUCUCUUGUGUUCAUUGUCACACUAUCCUUUGUCACAAUGAUUUCUUUCUUUAAUUGAUUAUAUGAAGUUUGGUUUGUAAUUCCAAUAAGCAAAAGCAUAUAUAUACACUUGAGGGGUAUGGUGGUGGCAUGCCAAUUUUAAUUUACCUCAUCAUAUUCUGCAAAUAUGUAGCAGAGUUGAAUAAGAGACAGAGAAGUCACAUACUUUAUAUAUAGUAUUAUAAGUUUUUUUUUUUCUUUCUUUCCAUAUAUAUAGUUUUAUAAGUGAAUGUGUAUGCCAACAUUUUUCUUUUUGCUUUAUUAAAAUCUUUUUCAUUUUA